AUGAAGAAACGAAGUUUGAUGGAUAAAAUCAACGAAGAAUGUAAAAGAAGUAAACAACAACAACAAGUUAUACAGAAGAAGAUGUAUGGCGACGGGGUUGCUUGGUUGAGAGGCGCAUUGAUCGGCAAAGGAAGUUUUGGUUCGGUUUUUAUGGCAAAGUUGAAGAAUACUAAUGCUAAUUAUACAUACAGCUUCUAUCCAUCCAUUAUGGCUGUUAAAUCUGCAGAGUAUUCUGUUUCGGGUUCUAUCCAGAAGGAGAAACAGGUUCUGGAUAAUAUUCGUGGUUGUCCGAAUGUUAUCAACUGUUUUGGUGAAGAAAUCACUACUAGCGUAGACGGGCAGAUGGUUUAUAACUUGUUAAUGGAGUAUGGGUCAGGUGGAACCCUAGCGGGUUUGAUUAAGAAAACGAAUGGUAAAGGGUUGGUUGAGUAUGAUGUGAGACGUUACACUAGAUCGAUUGUGAGAGGGUUGAGUCACAUUCAUAAGAAAGGGUACGUUCAUUGUGAUUUGAAGCCGGAUAAUGUAUUGCUCGUGCAAAGUUUUGGAAGGUGCGGUGGGUUGAUUGCUAAAAUUGCGGAUUUGGGGUUGGCGAAAAGGGCAAAGCAGACGGUCAAGAAAAUUAGUUCUGGUCCUUGUUGGAGGGGUACACCGAGGUAUUUAUCACCGGAGGCUGUGAUUCAGGGUGUUCAAGAGCAGCCUGCUGAUAUUUGGGCGGUUGGAUGUAUUGUCUUAGAGAUGUUAACCGGAAAACCCAUAUGGUGUUCAAACCAAGAUUUGGGCAUGGAUGAUGUUUUGAGUCGUAUUAGUGAUUAUAACGGGUUGCCUUAUGUUUCUAGCAGUAUAUCGAAAGAAGGAAGGAGUUUCUUGAAGUGUUGUUUGUCUAAGAGGGUUAUGACGAGACUAACUGCUAAUAUGUUGUUAAAACACCCUUUCUUAAAAGGGUUACCUGAUGAUGAUGUCGACGAGUUUGAAGAAUCACAACAGGAGGUUUUCGACAUAAAUACCAUCACCUCAACUUCAUCAUCUUUUGAUGACAGUGAUGAUGCUUAUGAGUCAUUCCCGUCCUCGUGGUCAGAUGGAUCAAGCUAUGGUCUAUCUUCUUCUAGAUUUCAUGAAGUACAAGAAUUUCCAGUAAGCUUAGCAGUUUGUAAGGGAGUUUAGCAAGUUUGACUUUGACAUUCUAAGUCAAAUUAUAAGUAAGGAUUAUUCUUUGUAACUGCUGACAGUUGUAUUUUGGUACAUACACAAUACACUGUUGUUAUAUACACAUUCUUGUUGACAAUCUUGUUGAAAUUGAUUAAUUCUUUAUUGGA